AUGAACCAGUACCAGUUUACGUGGUCGUACCUCCAGAUCGAAUCCAACCCACACGUGGACGAUGAGAAGCAGGCGUACGCGGCUGGGGCCCUGGAGGCCUACCUGACAAGGCAGCUGAUGGAGAACCAGUGGGCGAACCUGCUCUCACCCUACUGCGACAACCAAACCGAGUAUUGCAGCAGGCUCGAAGACUUCCUAACCAAGAACCUCGUGUACACUCGCAAGCAACAGCACAAGUUCAAGUACAGCGACCCUUUCUGGAACAUGGCGCACCUGAUUAUGAGACAGCUGUCGGGGCUGAACGAUGCCUUCGAGAACGAAACGCUGGACUUCACGCACGAGCUGGAUACUGUAACACGAUCACUUGUCGUGGGCGACCUAUUCGACCUGGAAGGAGCACUGCAUCGACCCUGGGAUUCCAACUCGAUGUCUCAGAUUCUGGCCUGCUCUGCGCUCGUCAAGGUGGUGGGCGACUUCGAAGAGAUGUACAUCGCACACGACGCCUGGUUCCUGUACCGGGGAAUGCUGCGCAUACAGAAGCAGUACAUUUUCCCCUGGCACCGUACGGCACAGCUCACUGGUGUAGAGGACAUCAUCCCGGGCCACACAAUCACCAUGUCGUCUUACGCCGGCAAGCUGGUUUCCUGGGACAACUUCUACUUGUCGUCAACAGGCCUGGCUAUUACGGAGACCUCACUUGUGAACAGCAACCAGACGCUGUGGGACACCGUAGUGCCUGAAAGCGGUCCCCUCACCUGGAUAAGGUCCGCUAUAGCCACCCGCCUGGCUCUCACGAGUGAGGAGUGGGUCGACAUCAUCGGCAGGGACAACAGCGGCACGUGCAACAAUCAAAUACUGGUGCUGGAUUACAAGCUUUUCGUCCCUGGAACGCCCAUCGUGGACGGAACGCUUUGGCUUUAUGAACAACUUCCAAUGCACACAAGCCAGAAAGAUAUUAGCCAGGAACUCCGUGACAACAGGUACUGGGCAAGCUACAAUAUCGCUUAUUUUCCCGACAUCUUCGUCAUCAGUGAUCAACCUCGCAUAGUGGAGCAGUACGGCGACCUCUAUACAUUUGAGAACUGCCCACGUGCCAAGAUCUUCAAGCGUGACCACGUCAAGGUCAAGGACAUGAACUCUAUGUUAAAACUCAUGAGGUACAACGACUUCAGGAAUGACCCGUUCUCUGUCUGCAACUGCACGCCACCGUACAACCCAACCUAUGCCGUCGCUGCGCGAUAUGACCUCAUGGACCCGCAAGGAAUCUACAAUACACCCGGGAUGUACAGGCACGCCGUCGGAGGCAUCGAUGCCAAGGUUUGA